AUGAUGCCCGUCAACCCGUUGAACAGCCGCAGACCCGCCAAGUUGUCGUUAUCGUCCAAAGCCCGUCGGAACGUGCCAUUUCAACAGAAAGAUACAUGCAACCGGCUGGAGGCCACGUCGAUUUUCUCCGUGGCAUCGCAGCUGUCGGCACCCUCGUUGCAUCUGAAAAAUGAGGACAACUACGGCAUCACACGCGUGGACAGUUCGUCGUCGUUGAACUCGAUCCUCUCGACCCAGUCGCAGUACAAAAUCACCCUCAACUUGUCGCAGAAAGACAUCUCGCUCUUGAGAUACACCUGGAACAAGAUGUUGGUGGAAGAGCUGCUCGACACGCCCGCAAAAAGCACCGCUGCUCGGUUCACCACCCCGGGCUCCAUCUGGAACAUCGUCAAGGACAAGCCCACACAGAUGACGCCCAGACUGAGCAUCAGUGCGUCGUCUGCGUUCUGCUCGCAGCUCUACUCCAACUUGCUCGCCAAGGCGCCGGAGUUGGAGGUUGCAUUCCCGUCGUUGAGACACCAAGCCGUUGCGUUUGCCGGAACCAUGGCUUUGGCCAUCAACUCGCUCGACAACUUGCUGUCCUUGGACGAUUACUUGAUCGAGUUGGGCAACCGCCACCUGCGGGUGUUGGGUGUCGAUCCCAUGCAAUUCGAGCUCAUGGGAGAGGCGCUCAUCCAGACGUUCCAGGAGCGGUUCGGCAAGAGAUUCACCCACGAGUUGGAGCUUCUAUGGAUCAAGUUCUAUCUCUACCUCUCCAACUCCAUUUUGCAGUUCGGCUUGGAUCCCCGUCUUAAGCUCACCAGCAACGACUUGGCUCCGCUGGAGGUAUACACAGAGCUGGUGUUCACCAACGACUCGGACCACUUCUCCAUGACCAAUUCCACCAGAAGAAACUCUAUGGGCACGGAGUUGCUGUCUGUUGCCGCACGGUCACACAUCGAAGACGAUGCCAGAAGCAACAUCACCAAGUCUAGCUCCAUAUUCGGCAUGAGGUCUAGCAAGUCGGAGAAGAGAAAGUCACGGUUGGGCCGCAAAAAGGGCGAGUGUGUCGUUAUGUAG